UGCUAAAUUUUAAUAUCCUGGCAAAACAAUUAUCUGCUAGUAUAGUACAGCAUAGGCUAUAGGCUAGUCUCUACCAGCUUUGCCUUUGGAUGCCAGACAGUCACAAGGCAUUACUUGACUGUUGUUUCACCCACUCUACCAGGCCACAGGACUGAUAUGGAGUGCCCCUCUCUGAUGCUAGCCAAAAACAAUCACAGCAACAUGAGUGUCUUCAAUGGGAGCAUGUAUUCUUCUGAACUGGAGCCCUCACCAAGCAAGAAGCGUAAAACUUCUUCCAAUGGUCAUACUGUGUCUAAACCUGUGGCUAUUAAAGGAGAAGAACUGCUCAAUGGAAAGAAGUCAACAGAGGAGCAAGGCCUGAAAAUUGUUCGGUCAAAGGGGCAGUACUUGUGGGAUGAGAAUGAUCAGAAGUAUCUUGAUAUCGACAGUAAUAUUUCCCAUGUUGGUCACUGCAAUGAGAAGGUGGUCCAGGCAUGCACUGCACAGAUGGCCAUACUCAAUACCAACUCAAGGUUUCUCAACGAUCAGAUCGUGACUUACGCCAAGCACCUCUGUUCAAAGUUUCCAAAACCAUUGUCCUGUUGUUUCUUUACAAAUUCAGGAUCUGAAGCCAACGACCUAGCUCUGCAAAUUGCCCAGGUGGUGACAGGUCGGAAACACACUGUGGGAUUGCUAGGUGCCAAUCAUGGCCAGUUGAUGUCCCUGAAACAGCUUAGCUCUCACGUGCUGAGAGAGAGCACAUUAAUAUCUGGUGAUGUAUCUAUUGCUCCACUUCCUGACAGCUAUCGACAGCAGUACACGGAUCUAGACACUGCUGGCAUGCUCUAUGCUGAGGACUUGAAGAAGCUAGUGGAGGGCAAAGACGUGUCUGCUUUCAUUCACGAGAGCAUCUUCAGUGGCGCGGUAGUGCCUCCACAUGACUACUUCCAGCAUGUCUACAAGUACAUUCACAGUGUUGGUGGACUGUGUAUAGCAGAUGAGGGGCAGACAGGGUUUGGCCGGCUUGGAGAACAUUUCUGGGCAUUUGAGAGCCACGGCGUGUGUCCUGAUAUUGUUACCCUUGGAAAUUCAAUGGGCAAUGGCCAUCCUGUAGCAGCUGUAGUCACCACCAAGGACAUUGCAGACAAGUUUGCAGCCAGUGGAGUGGAGUACUUCAACACUUUUGGAGGCAACCCAGUGUCGAUGGCGACUGCAGAGGCAGUCCUGAGUGUGGUAGAGGAGGACAGAUUGCAGGGUCAUGCUAAGGAGAUGGGUGACUACUUGAAGGCUCGUCUCGAGGCUCUCAAGGAAAAGCAUACCUGUGUCGGGGAUGUGAGGGGUAGUGGCCUCUUGCUCGGAGUGGACUUUGUCAAAGACCCAAAGUCAAAGGAACCAGCCCCAGAUGUGGCUCACUUUGUGCAGGAAUACCUGUUGAUUGAUCACCAGAUCAUUGCCCAUGCCGACAGCAGGUAUAACAAUGUCAUCAAUAUCAAGCCUCCAAUGGUGGUGUCGAGAGAGGACUGCCAGUCCAUUGCCGAGGCUUUAAACCACGUACUCAUGAGACUAGAACAGCAAACCUAACUCAGUAGCAAGUAAAAAGAGACGCCAUUAAAAGAUCGGCAUAUUUAUACAUAAAUGCAUUCAUUAAGAACUUUUUUCCUUUUUUUGCACUGUGAAUACUGUUUUUUAUACUAUUAUUGCGGGCGGUGUUUAAUUGAGACACUUUCUUGUUCUAA